AUGCGAAAAACAGUAGAUCAGUGUCCUGUCGACAUCGUUCCAGCACCAUCAGGGCGCCUCUUGACCGAUCUCGAGUACGGUGACGAUGCUGUUAUAUUUGCAGCACGAAACCUCAACAUGUCAACUUUGUAUCGAAGCUCACUGCAGCCUAUGGACUACGUCUACGCCCUGAUUAAUGCAGAUAAGACCAGCAGACCACCUUGUACAGCGAGUUCUGGAAAAUUUGUCGAGUUGAAGCUGGGAGAGGCCACCUGGCCAAAAACGGAAGAUAUGGACAGAGGUGGUGAAAGAGGGCCCGUAGAUGCUCGGCGUGGAUAG